AUGGCUCGCACGAACCCCGCCUCCCCAGCUCCCAGGUCACGCCGGUCAUGGGUACGACACAUGGUGGCAUGGACGCUCGCCGCGCUGGCCGUCUUGUUCUUCUGCACGCAUCUCGACAAGCUCCACCGCCCUUCGUCCAAGCAGCUGAACUCGCGCAGCGUCGGCCGCUUUGCGCCCCGCGACGUCUCGCUGGGGACGCCGGACAUUGCGGUCAAGGUCGAAAAUAUCCCCGUGACCCUCGGCAAAAGGGACGUCGAGAGGUUGCUCAUCAUAGGCGAUGUGCACGGCAUGGGUAAAGAGCUGAAUACGCUCCUGGAGAAAGUAAUCUACGAUAAGAAACACGACCAUGUCAUCCUCGUCGGCGACGUGGUAACGUUGGGUCUGGAAAACAAGGACGUGGUCGACCUCGCCAGGAAGGACAAGUGGUCGGCCGUCACGGGAAACCACGAGUGGCAGCUGCUAGCCGCCUUCGAUAACUACAACUCAUACGACCUGGAGAAACUCACCAGUGCCCUGAAGGAUCCCCAGAGUCCAGAACUGGGGAAGCUCACCAGCGCAUACAACGACGCACAUCUGUUCCCGCAGCCGGACAAGGUGAAGCUGGCGAAGAAGAUCAAGCUGGACGUCCAGUUGGCCAAUGACCUCGGCGACGCCAACCUCAAGUGGAUCCGGGGGCUGCCCCAUGUCCUGCGGGUGGGCGACAUCCAGUCCCUGGGCCACGUAGUCGUCGUGCACGCGGGCUUCAUCCCCAACGUGGAGUUCAAGGACCAGUCGCUGCUCACGAUCCUCAACUUGAUGAACAUGCAAGCCGAAGACGGCACAUACAAGCCCGUAGAGAAGGGUGGUGAGUGGUGGGCCGACGCCUGGAACAGCUUGCAGAAGCAAACCGAGGAUGAGCAGAAGCGGACCACCGUCGUCUACGGCCACGACCAGGGAAGGGGGCUCAAGCUGGAGUCGAACACGCUGGGGUUGGACAGCGGCUGUAAGAAGGGCGGGACGCUCACGGCGCUCAUUCUCAAGCCCGGCAAGGACUACGAAACGGAAAGUGUGAAAUGCAGGACGAUGAAAAAGAAGUACGAAUAA